AUGGUUAGACUUAAUAUCCUACUAUUGCUUUACGCGGGGUUUUUGUAUCACAUCAAGAGUGUAUAUUCUGUUCUUCUGGACCUAAAUAAUUUAAGUCAUUCCGGUUUGCAGGUGGUAAAAACUGUUGAAAGAGAUAUAUCUAAGACUAUGAUAUACUCAACACAGGAAAGGAAAAUAACAGGAAUAUGUAAAGGUUCUAAACUAAUUUGGAUGGGUUACCGAGGUGAAUAUGUUAGAUGCGUUACUCGUAUUUUGUCUAAGUGGUGUAAUAGCACACUCAUUAUUAUCCAAAUUAAUAAUGCCGUUAAAGAUGAUACAUAUUAUAUCCAUAUAGAUCCUUCCAAUUAUGUAUAUAUUAGUAAGGAAGAGUUUGAUGAAGUAUUAGAUGUAAUUUCCAAGUUUUCUCAAUGGAUGUAUGAAAAAUAUUCCAAGCGACCAAAGAAACCAGAGAAACGCAAAGGUGAUACUGAUGAUACAGAAAAAACAAAGAAAAGAUCUACAGUUGAACCACAACCACAAUCUGACCAGCCAGAGCCUGAAGUUACACAAGUCAAAUCGAUCGAAGAUGUGGAAAGAGAGAAAAAGAGAAAAGACUUGAUGAUGAGUCUAAGAAAUAAAAUUCAACAGAGAAUACAAGAAAAAUCUAAACAAAUUCAAAUUUCCAAACCUAAGAAACCAUUAGUACCUGAAACCAUUCUUGUGGAGCUUGAAUCAGAUGAACAUCCUAAGGAUAGUGAUAUUUCAGAUGUUGGACUCAAAUUUCCACCAACUGAAUUAGAACAACAACAACCUCCCGAAAAUCAACAAUUAGAACCUGAAGUCACUCAGGUAGAAAUGGGAUCAGAUGAUGACGAUAGUGACUUAUUAAACGAAUCGCUAUUUGGAGAAGAUGUAGAGAAGUGGUUGGAAAGUGAACUUGAAGAUAUUGGUUUAUCGGAAAGUGAACGUGAUUCAUUAUUCGAGGAUACAACUGAGGAAUCCGAUUAA